AUGAGAUCCAUUAGGCAGGCUGAAGAGCUUCUACGGGAGGUUUCGUUCAGGGCUAGAACUGAUUGUGUCUACUUCAUCGAGAACUACACCUGGAGCAACAAUGGCCCCAACCUCCACCACCCCCCUGUCAUCAAGAACGACUUUGAGACUCAUUUCACGGUGCUGACAAUCAUUCGACAGUGUCUUGAGUUCAUCAAGCUAAAUAGGAGCCAGUCCAAGGACAAGAAAAAGAACGGCAAGCAGGAAAAAACACCCGAGCCUAAACCUAAGAAUCCACCCACAGAAACUAAGCAGUACCGGAAAUCCAACGACUCCAGUGUAAGACUUUUCUUCAACAGUUCAGAAACUUGA